CCAUCCCGCUCCGUUCCGCUCCCGUUCCGUGUUUCCGACCGGAACGUUUAUAGAAGGUGCGACCGGCGAGACCGGAAGCCGCACGUGGGGGCGCGAGCGGCACGUGGCGCCCCGUGCUCCCCCCGCCCCGCCCGGUAUGGAGCGGCGGCGCGCGCCCGCGGCCAACCGCCGCUACCGGCAGCGCCGCUUCUGGGACGCGCUGUAUCGGCAGGAUGGCGCCGAGCCCCGGGAGUGGCUGGGGGGGCUCUCCCGCUUCCUCCCGCAGCUGGAGGCCGAGCUGCGCCCCGGUGACCGCAUCCUUGUCCUCGGCUGCGGCAACAGUGCCCUGAGCCAUGACCUGUAUGAGCUGGGCUACACCGACGUCACCAGCAUCGACUUCUCCCCCGCCUGCAUCGCGGCCAUGCGCACCCGCUACGCCCACUGCCCUGGCCUGCGCUGGGCCGUCAUGGACAUCCGCGCCCUUGCCUUCCCCGACGCCGCCUUUGACGUGGUGCUGGAGAAGGGCACCCUCGACGUCCUCAUGGUGGAGGAGACUGACCCGUGGGAUGUCUCGCCACAGGCGACCGCUGCAAUGCACCGGGUGCUGGCGGAGGUGAGCCGGGUGCUGCGCCCAGGGGGCUGCUUCAUCUCCAUCACCUUUGCUCAGCCCCACUUCCGCAAGCCCCACUACGCCCAGGAGGCCUUCGGCUGGUCCCUGCGCCAUGCUGCCUGCGGGGACGCCGGUGCCUUCCACUAUUUCCUCUACGUCAUGCGCAAGGGGCAGCCCCUGGACGCCCCUGACCUGGCCCUGGGGUGCCGGCUGCACCAGUCCCCCCCACCCCCCGAUCCACCGCCACCCCCUGCCUCCCCGGACAAUGAGGACUAUCUCCUGGCCAUCCAGCUGUGACUUGGGGGGGCUUCCCCAGCCUCCCCCCCCCCCAAUAAAGCCUUAAGCUGCUCCACCCUUGUGGGUGGGGGAUGAGGAGCCAGUGCGUCCCCCCGCAAGCUGCCCAGUGAUGUGAGUAAUGGGAGAAAAGUGAGGGGGGCUUGGCUUCUUCCUGGUGGGGCAGUGGGGUGAUCUGGGGAGCAGGAGAUGCUGUGCACCCCGCACCAGCCCUUCCCUCGCCCAGCUGGAGAGCAGCCAGGGCUCCAGGCUUUGCAGCUGGUGAUGAAACCAAAUCAGGUUUAAUUCCACCCAUCCAUCUUGUGGCGAGUGGCUCCCUGUCCCCCUCCCCGCCUUCCCUGAGGCACAGGCAGCAAGGCAGCUGGGCUGGGGGCAAGAUGUGGGGUGCUAGCACUGGGUGCAGGGGGUAGAGUGGGGGGGAGCCCACUGCCCCCAUCCUGCCACAGGACCCCCAGACCAGCCUCCUUGUCCAUGGGGGUGCACAAGGGCACCGUGUCCUUGUCACUCCCCCAGCUCCAGCCAGGCAGCUGGGGGUCCAGGCUGGGAUGUUCCAGCACGGGGCACACAUGCAGGCAGGGCGGCACGUCUGCCCCGUCCCCCUCCAGCCCCACUCCUGGCUGUGGUGGCAAACCCAGUGUGACGCACACACCGGGCCUGUGGCUGCCCAUGCCUGAGGCCAGCAGAAUGGUGACACGCAUGUGCCAGGGCUGGUGACAGGCAUGCCACCAUGUGCUGGCAGGGCUGGCUGCCUGUGGGUGCUGGUGUGUGGGUGCUAGCAUGGCAGCUGCAGCAGGUACAUGGAUGCUACUGGGGGUGUCCCCAGGGGCAGUUCGGGCACCAAACCCUCCCGAGAUGGGUGACACCAGGGUCACAGAGAGGACCCCUCCUUGGAGGGAUGGCAGUAACAUACUGAAGAGGCACAAGCUGCUGGGCUGCUAUUUCUGGCAAAAGGCAUAAGUGGGUCAGCUGGUGGCUCCCCCCCACACCAGGAACCAGUGAAGGACUGUAGGGUCAGCCCCCCCCCCACCCCGCCAUGCCACCCCAUCCCACAGGCACCCCGAAAACAAGCUGGCACCUGGAGGGACGGAAAGGAGCAGGCAGCGCCGGCCUCACCUCGGUACAUGAAUGUAUUUUAUUCAUUGCAUUUUGUUCACCAGUACAGUGAAAAAUGGCAUUUAAAUUUACAAUGGAUCAUUUGUAGAACAUCA